UGGCUCAAGCACUUCGCCUCAAGCUUUCCUUCUCUUUUCUCACUCUGACGCUACCGCGGUCGCCGCACGAGCCACACGAGCCCGUGGCACCAUGGCCAGCGAGCGCCAGGAGGCAGAGACCACCCGGAGGCCAGACGCUGACGACGAGCUGGCGAGGCAGCUGGUGGCCCAGCAGGAGCAGAUCAGGGGUCUGGAGCUCCAGGUGGUGGACGCCCUGGCGAAGGUGGACGCCCUGAGCAGGGAGCGGUGCCACACCAGCAGCACGGUGCCGCCGAGCGAGGUCGACAGCAGCCUCGUGGACAACGCGCUCGAGCAGCUGGAGGAGGGCACGGGCGCUGGCGGGUCGGGGUGCUCGGGUUGACCCAAGAGAAAGAGAGGUCCAGCGACAAGGGGGUGGUGCAAUAGAUGUGUGGGGUUGCAAUACAUCUGGG